CAUGGAGGCGGCACGCCCUCCUUCGAUCCCGGGGAAGCUGGUGGUGGUGGGCGGCGGCAUCGCGGGCGUUACCUGUGCGGAGCAGUUGGCUAUUCACUUUCCCUCAGAAGAUAUUCUCCUGAUAACAGCUUCUCCUGUUAUUAAAGCAAUCACAAAUUUCAAGCAGGUUUCUAAAAUAUUAGAAGAAUUUGAUGUUGAAGAACAACCUAGUGCCAUGCUAGAAAACCGCUUUCCCAACAUUAAGGUUAUACAAUCUGCUGUAAAGCGACUGAAGAGUGAAGAACAUUGCAUUUUAACAGAAGAUGGCAGCCAGCAUAUAUAUAAGCAGCUCUGCUUGUGUGCUGGAGCUAUACCAAAAUUGAUAUGUGAAGGAAACCCGUUUGUAUUAGGGAUCCGAGAUACAGACAGUGCUCAGGAAUUUCAGAAACAGCUCACUAAUGCUAAAAGAAUAAUGAUCGUAGGGAAUGGUGGUAUUGCACUUGAGUUGGUAUACGAAGUUGAAGGCUGUGAAGUGAUUUGGGCCAUUAAAGAUAAAGCUAUUGGGAAUACUUUCUUUGAUGCAGGAGCAGCAGAAUUCUUGACUUCAAAGCUCACUACUGAAAAGCCAGAGGUUAAAAUUGCACAUAAAAGAACCAGAUACACAACAGAAAAAAGGAAAAAUGAAGCAAGAACCAAAGUUAAGGCUAGUAAUGUAGGCAGUGCCUUGGGACCUGAUUGGCAUGAAGGCUUGCAUCUUAAAGGAACAAAAGAGUUUUUUCACAAGAUUCACAUCGAAACAAUGUGUGAAGUAAAGCAAGUCUACCUUCAGGAAGAAUUUACAAUUUUGAAAAAGGAGUCCUUGACUCUUCCAAGGGACCAUCAUGAGAAGUUGGUUAAAUCAACAGAUAAAGAGAGGUGGCCAGUAUAUGUGGAACUGACCAAUGGAAAGAUAUAUGGCUGUGAUUUCAUUGUCAGUGCUACAGGAGUUACACCAAAUGUAGAACCUUUUGUCCAUGGCAACAAUUUUAAUCUAGGACAAGAUGGCGGUCUGAAAGUGGAUGACCACAUGCACACAUCACUUCCUGAUAUCUACGCUGCAGGUGAUAUCUGCACUGCAUCAUGGAAACCCAGCCCAGUCUGGCAGCAGAUGAGGCUGUGGACCCAGGCAAGACAAAUGGGAUGGUAUGCAGCAAAGUGCAUGGCUGCAGAUUGUUUAGGAGACUCUAUUGACAUGGAUUUCAGCUUUGAACUUUUUGCUCAUGUAACAAAAUUUUUUAAUUAUAAGGUUGUAAUACUAGGAAAAUACAAUGCACAAGGCUUAGGUUCAGAUCAUGAAUUAAUGCUGAGAUGUACCAAAGGACAAGAAUAUGUCAAAGUCGUCAUGCAGAAUGGACGAAUGAUGGGAGCAGUCUUAAUCGGUGAAACAGAUUUGGAAGAAACAUUUGAAAAUCUCAUUCUAAAUCAAAUGGAUCUUUCAUCAUAUGGAGAAGACCUGCUAGAUCCAAAUAUUGAUAUAGAAGAUUAUUUUGACUAAUAGAGACACUUCAGGGUGCACAUUUAAUAUGGCAAAGACAUCCCAAGCCAGCCAGUAAACUGAAUUAGUUCACUGAUUUAACGAUGAACACAGUGAAGGGUAAGAUUCAGAAGUGACAGUGAUUGUUGUGGAUGAAUAUGGAAAAAAAUAAAGUUCUAAGGACAAAAUCAUUUCAAAUAUUUGUAGGUAU